AUGGCCCCAUCCGUGCACUCCGCCGUCGUUAUCACCGAGUCUAGUGACGUUGAAGUCAAGAAGAUCCCUGUGCCCAAGGCCGAAGAGAAUGAGGCUCUCAUCAAGGUCGUCGCAGCAGCGCUGAAUCCCACUGACUGGAAGUCGGCCAAAUGGAUGACCAAGCCAGGCGCCGUCUCUGGCUGCGACUUCGCUGGGAUCGUCGAGGAGCUAGGACCGAGCGCUAAAGCUUCCGGUCUCAAAGUCGGUAACAGGGUAGCGGCGUUCGCGUCGGGAGGCGGAUACGACUUGAAACGGCAAGGGAAUGGCUCAUUCGCAGAAUACACUGUCGUGCCGGCAUCCUUCUGUAUACCACUUCCCGACUCGUGGUCCUUCGAGCAGGGCGCGCAGAUCGGCGUCAUCAUAUACACGGCUUUCCAGACGCUUUAUCAAAGCCUCAACCUCCCGACACCCUUCUCUCCAGGAGCUCCGACGUCGACCCCACUGCUGGUCUAUGGCGCGUCUUCUGCCGUGGGCCUCUAUGUCGUGCAAAUAGCCAGGGCCACAGGUUUCCAGAUCUUCGCUACAUGUUCGCCGAAGAACUUUGAACUUGUGAAGAGUCUAGGCGCGGACGCUACGUUCGAUUACCGGGAUCCAGAGGUUAGCAGUAAGAUCAAGGAGGCCUCAGGUGGUAAGAUCCAGUUCGCCGUCGACGCCAUCUCCGAGGGCAACUCGGCUAAGAUCAUCGUCGAUGCUCUAUCGUCCGAGGGCGGCAAGAUCGCGACAGUCCUUCCGUAUAGUGAUGAGGCCAAGGCUGCGUUGGGAUCCAAUGUGACUCAGGAGCUGUCCGUCGCAUAUGACUUGAUCGUAGACCGACCGGACGCACCCUCGCGCUUGGCUGACGCGCCCAAGUACUGCAAACUCGCUGCGCGGCUUCUGGCCGAGGAGAAGGUUAAACCUAUGCCGAUUCGUAUCUGGGAGAAGGGUCUAGAGGGCGUCAACGAUGCAAUGCAAUACAUGAUAGCUGGCAAGGCGAGUCUAUCAAAGGUUCUUGCGAGCCCUCCACCUUGCGCUUAUGUACCCGCACUUCAGGUCAGCGGCGAAAAGAUUGUCUUCCGCAUUCCUGAUACCCCAGGUCUCUCCUGA